AUUUCAGUAAUUUUCAAACAAUCAACAUUAACAAAUCAAGGUUUUCUAAAUCAACGACCAACCGCACUAAUCAAAAAUAAUUUCGUGGUGAAACUUCCCAAGCCACCACUUCCUGUAAACAUUUGCAUUGUUUUGCCAAAGUCCGAUUUGAAUAUGUCGCAACUUUCGCUACGUAGUUGUAUUCCAAAUGUGCAAACAAAAACAAAAUUAUUGCGUCAGGGUUUCAGAAAAACCCCCGCUUUGCUGGGCUGACCCGGCUGCGGCUCGGUGGUUUCGAAGCCAAUGUGUAGUUUAUAUUUGCCACCGGAGAGCACGUCGAGCGUAUCAUUACUAAUCAGUCAGUCAGUUGAUCGAGAUCGAGAACUCGAAUUUAGCCACCAUGAAGUUUGAUGUGCUGCUAUUUGGAACGCUGCUGCUGGUCGCGUUCUGUUCGUACACCGUAGAAGCCAAUAAACUCAUCCCAUCACCGAAGGCCUUCUGCAGCAAUGCGCCGAACAAGCCGAUUCGAUCCUGUCCGGAGAACGAGGAGUUCCAGUGCUGCGGAGCCUGCGAACAGCUGGGUUGCAACAAACGGGUCAGCAACGUGAUGUGUUUCGUGUGCCCUUCGGAUUGCUACUGCAAGGAGGGCUACAUCCGGGAGAGAGCCUUUCUGGGAACGGGACCGAACCGAGCACGGUGUGUUCCGGUGAAACACUGCCCGAAAACGGCAUGAGUUUUUAUCUCCAGAAUACGAUACGUUUUAUUAUCGAUUAAACGAUUCAAAAAAAGGUUCUAAGGUUUAUAUUUUAUAUGAAUUUGAUUAAAUCUGAUGUAGCUAUGCUUGAUAAGAGAAUGGAUACCUUAGAAAGCAAUCUUGUUGCUUGUUUUGAAUGUCUAUUUGACGUAGCAACUUGAAGCAUUUGAAUGCAAAGUGCGUUUAAUUGAAAAAUUCAGAGACAAACUUGUGAAAAAACUACCACUUGUUUUGAUAGGAAUCGAACCCACGACUCCGUAUCACUAGUCCGGCGCUUCAUCCAACUAAGCCACAAAACAACUUACGAUUCUACGGAAUAUAAGGUCAAACUGGAUUCGAGAGAUAAAGUUAUGAAAGACGGACCCGGUUAGGGUGGCGAUUCGAAUCCAGAUCGACCUUCUAUUCUGCAGAAUCGUGGCUCUGUGGCUUAGUUGGUUAAAGCGCCAGACUAGCGAUAUGGAGUCGUGGUUUCGAAUCCCAUUAAAACAAGUGGUAUUUUUUUUCUCAAAUUUAUCUCUCAAUCUGUCAAUUAAACGUCACUUUGCCUUCAAAUGCUUCAUGUUUUUACGUCUAUUUCAGACUUAGCUAGCUGGAAAAGCGUUAUAAAUUAAUUGUAAUAUUUAUUGGACAUGAAGGCCAUCCAAACUGUCCAGGAGUAGUACUCUUCAACGCCGUAGAAUACUUUCAUGUUGGAAAUUUAACCUGUAUUUCACGUGCAGAAUUGUAGUGUCAUUAUUUGGAUAUUGAUUAGCUAUAUUAUAGAGACUUUCAGCCCUUGGCUGGUUUGUCUAAUUUGGAUAAUGACGUUCCUACAAAUUGCCCUGGAAUCCAGGUCUUCAAAAUCUACUAAAUCUACAGCCUGCCAAAAACGUUCGCAAAAAUGCCUAACCUUUGCAGCCGACUCCUCCCAGCUUCCGUGAAGCCUUGUGUGAACUUUAAAUUAAAAUUGAAAGCAUUUCUCUCCUAUUCAUCAAGAGCCGGAUGAAUCCACACAGCGAGCGAUGAAUAACCGUCUUUGACUCUGCCCGAUCGGUUUGUAGCAACGUUCGCUUUAUUCCGUGAUUGGUUAAGAUAUUCAACAACAUCAACAACUGGCGGAAAGAGCAUGCAUCAUGCCAAAAAACAACAACAGCCGUAGAGAGCUGGCUGGCUGCUGUAUAGAAAGAGGGAAAUAUUUAGAAAGAAGACAACAACGAAGAGAUCCCCAAAAUGAGCACGUGAGAAUGGAAUGUUGAACUUCACAUCCAGUGGUGGCGGCGACGGCGAUGGCAGCAGCUUUUCGCUCUCUUCAUAAUAUAAGCGUUCCCGACCAGAUGGGAAUAACACAA